UAGUACUUCCGGUGUCACGAGCUUUCCUCUGCCAUGUGGAUGGUGGGAAAACAAUCUUGAAGCUGCUCUUAUAAAAACGUGUUUGAGAAGUAGAACAAAGCUGACCAGAAGAGCGGAAGGUCCUUUAGGAGGAGGAAUGUCUCCGGUCAGGUGUAAAAAGAGAAACAUUUGAAAGUAGGUAAAGUAGUCUGAGUAGUUAACUAGCUAAAAGUGGCCAUGGCUCUGUACGUGAAAGCCGCAGAGAUCCUGGACAAAGCUGAGAAGAAGCAGGGCGCUUUGAAAACUCUGGUCUACGACAGCAAAUUUGAGAACAUCAAACCAUUGUUCGCUCUGGUUUUGGAGACCCAGAAGUAUUCCUCCGUCCUGGAGGAAAUCAUCGUGUCCUCUAAGCUGCUCAAGCAGACCAAGAUGCGCAUGAACCUGGCCAAGGUGCUGGUGUUCGACCUGCUGAUAGGCCAGGGGCUGAAGUGCGGAGGAGCCUGGAAGACCAUGAUGGUAAAGCACCGCGCCCGGCUGCAGUCGGUGCUGGCCCGUAUGAAGGUGAAGCAGAAGGUCAGCAAGAAUGAGGACCUGCUCCCGGACAGCGUCAAGCAGGUGCUCGCGGAAAAUCUGCCCAGGUAUGUGCGUGUGAACACCGUGAAGACCACCGUGGAGGAUGCUGUGGACUAUCUGAAGAGGGAUGGCUUCGCCUACCUGGGACAGGCGUCCAGGCUGGAGGACUUGACCCUGAAGGAGAAAUACUUUGUGAUGGACAUGCAUCUGCCAGAGCUGCUGGUCUUCCCUCCUAACACUGACUUCCACGACCACUUCCUGUACAAAGCCGGCCACAUCAUUCUGCAGGACAAAGCCAGCUGCCUCCCUGCUUACCUCCUCAACCCCCCGGCUGGUGCACAUAUCAUCGAUGCUUGUGCCGCUCCGGGCAACAAAACCAGCCACCUGGCAGCCAUCAUGAAGAACAAGGGCAAGCUGUUUGCAUUUGACUUGGAUGCCAAGCGUCUGUCCACCAUGGCCACUCUCCUGCUCAGAUCCGGGGUCACCUGUCAUCAGCUGGCCAACCAGGACUUCCUGAAGGUGGACCCUGACAGCCCGCAGUUUAAAGAUGUUGAAUACGUCCUGCUGGAUCCUUCCUGCAGCGGAUCAGGCAUGGUGUGUCUCCGGGACGAUGCGUCCUCUGCUGACCAGGAGAAGGUUAAGGCUCGUCUGGCCGCCCUGGCCUGCUUCCAGCUGCGCUGUCUCAACCACGGCCUGAAGUUCCCUCGCCUGAAGCGCCUGGUGUACUCCACCUGCUCCAUCCACAGCCAGGAGAACGAGGGAGUCGUAGCGGCCUGUCUGCAGGAGAACCCCGGCUUCAGGUUGGUUAAUCUGCUGUCUCAGUGGCCUGAACGAGGCCUGGAGCCGCUCACUCAGUGUCUCCGUGCCAACCCUGCGAAAACCCGCACCCACGGCUUCUUCGUGGCUCUGCUGGAGAAACACAACGGGGCUGGGAGAAAGAAGCGGGAGCCAGCAGUUCAGAUAAGUGAUCCUCCUGUCACAAUCAGCGAGGCUGUGAAUGAAGCAGAGAAGCAGGAGCCCGCGGUUCAGAUAAGCGCUCAAGAGGCGACACCACCCAUCCCCUCCACCCGUCUGAAGAGGCCUGCAGCUUCUGAUGAAGAGUCUGCCGCUUCAGAGACGGAGGACAAACAGACUCCUGCAGCAGAUCAGGCUGACGGUACACCCAGCAAGAAGAAGAGAAAGAGGAAGAAGAAGAAGAAGAAGAAGAAAGUGGAAACGGUGGAAACAGUGAAAACAGUAGAGUGAUAGAAGAAACAAGAUGGGACUGCUACAGGAGGGAAUGCUCUAUUAAGAAGGGCUCUGUUGAUGUGUGGAAUGUAACAGCAAAGUAAAGAUUAUUUUUUACUGUA